AUGAUGACAGCUUACAGUACAAAGUCAGAUGAAUUAACUGUGUCUCGAACAAAUACAGAGCAUAUAGCUGUAGUUCAAGAAUUUCUAACAAAAUUUUAUUUACAGGAAAUAACUUUUCUGGCUCAUCUGAAUAGUGUUUAUUCUAUUUAUGAUUCUGAACGCGUUGAACGAAUGGCAUCACAACUUCGAUUAACAUUUGGAGCUGAUCAUGAUAUUAAUCAUGUACGUGCUCUACUCGACUUCUUUUCUGAUCAUUCUCGACAACCACAGGCUUGGCAUUAUAUUAAUAUUGAUCAACAUUUAUUGAAAGAUGCUGGUGCUCAUCAUCUCGAACCAUUUACAAUAAUAUGUCCAGAAUGUAAUCAAUAUUUAAAUAUAAAUAAUUCUAAUAAGACAAUGGUUUAUAUUUCUUAUCAACGUGGAAAAAUACUGCGAGGAAUUGUUUAUUCGUUAAUGUGUAAACAUCAGAAGAGUAACUAUGGCAAGAAUAAUGUACCUGUGAUGAUUUUUCCCAAUUUUAUCGAACAAGGAAACAAUAAAAGAAUUACAGCAAAAAGUCUCCAACAUGGUGAAAUUGUUUAUAUGGGUGGUAAAUAUGCUUAUGAACGCGCAUUGAUUGAACAAUAUACUGCUGAUUUAGUUACUAAUGCUAAUUCUUGGAUGAAAACUGUCGAUAGCUUAAAUUUACAAGCAUUUAAUAGUGAACAGCAUCAAGAACAUAUUGGAGAUAGAAGAACAUUAGCACGUAUGAUGUACAUGUACAACAUUGUUCAAUUCGAUUUAUUUUUAGGCACUCCACAUGUUGAAUUACCAAAAGCGUUAGAUAAUUUUGAUGAUUGGGUGUGGAGUGCUUAUCCUCGAUUAUUGACAGCAUUCAUUUUUUUCUGGUCUAGACACAAAGAAGUGAUUGGAUCGUGCAUUGGAAAUAAAUGUUCGGAAGCAUUAGUAGUUGAUGGUCAUCAGAAAUGUCGACGACGUGUCUGCAAAAUAAAGGAUAUUGAAGUGCAAACCGACCUGUUUGAAAAAAUGCUUGUUGGGUGCUGUCGGACACCAGCUUACAAGUCUGAAUAUUGCAAUCUUCAUUUCUAUAAAAAUGCGAAAUCGUCUGAAUGCAUUACUCAAACAACUGAACGGACGCUUCCGACACGUUCACACUUUAGUCGAUUUAAGAAAUCGAGGACAAAAAAAGAAAGAAAUUUCGGAGCAACAAAUUGUCGUACAAGCAAAGAGAGGUCAGAUGCUUAUAUACGUAAAUGUGCUAGAAGCUUCGGUGUGAUAGCAGCAGUAACCAACUGUGGUAUUAUAACCACCUUCGGUGAAAUUUUUAGAACAGAAACUCUAAAGGAAAUUCUACAACUAUUAACAAAUUGUAUAAAAGCAUCUGGUGUAAUACCAAAAACAGCUGUUUAUGACGAUGGUUGCCAUCUGAUCGAGUAUCUUCAUAACCAUAUUGGUAAAGACCUUACGGCAACGCCUGCUGCAAAAGAGUUGGCUAAAAUCGAUCGUGUACCUUCAGUUCCCGACAUCAGCCUAAUGCACACAGCAGAUUCAAUAUCAAUUUGCCAACAGGUAUCAAAUAACGUUUCAACAGCGAUAGCUUAUUCAAAAGAUCCACGAAGUGUAGACUCCCAGGACACUUCAAAAAUCCCAAAACAUACACGCAAGCGUAAACACGAUCAAGUUAUCGAUCAACAACGAAAUGAACCAGAAAAUCUCUUACCGUCGUAUACAAAAACCAACUGGUGCGCUCAAGUGAAAACGAUUCUUGAACGUAACAACUUGAAAAAGAAGAAAAAAACCACCACACUUGAAACUUGA